GAAAAUAAGCUUCCUCAGAACUGCUGUCCUUUGCUUGUAUUUGUGAAUCCCAAAAGUGGAGGUCUUAAAGGUCGAAAUUUGCUGUACAGUUUUCGAAAACUGUUGAAUCCUCAUCAAAUCUUUGAACUAACAAAUGGAGGUCCGCUGCCUGGAUUUCAUACGUUCUCUCAAAUUCCCUAUUUCCGAAUACUGGUAUGCGGUGGGGAUGGCACAGUUGGAUGGGUCCUUGGUGCCCUGGAAGAGAUCAGGCACAAGCUCAUCUGCUCCGAACCAUCUGUGGCUAUUUUACCUUUAGGAACAGGUAAUGACUUGGGGAGGGUCCUGCGCUGGGGUGCUGGCUAUAGUGGCGAAGAUCCGUACUCCAUUCUGAUAUCUGUAGAUGAAGCUGAUGAUGUGCUUAUGGAUCGCUGGACCAUCCUUUUAGAUGCUCAAGAGGCAUUGGAAAGCUCAGAAAAUGGUGUAUUAGAACCGGAACCUCCUAAGAUUGUACAGAUGAAUAAUUAUUGUGGCCUUGGAAUUGAUGCAGAGCUGAGUCUAGGUUUCCAUCAUGCUAGGGAAGAAGAGCCAGACAAAUUCAAUAGCAGGCUGCACAACAAAGGAGUUUAUGUAAAAGUUGGACUGCAGAAAAUGAGCCAUACCAGGAAUCUUCAUAAAGAAAUCAAACUUCAAGUGGACCAGCAUGAAGUUGAGCUUCCAAAUAUAGAGGGUCUUAUUUUCAUAAAUAUUCCCAGUUGGGGAUCAGGUGCUGAUCUGUGGGGGUCUGACAAUGACAGUCGGUUUGAGAAACCAAAAAUCGAUGAUGGCUUAUUAGAAGUAGUUGGUGUCACUGGAGUAGUUCACAUGGGUCAAGUUCAAGGUGGCCUCCGUUCUGGCAUCCGGAUAGCCCAAGGCUCCUACUUCCGUGUAACACUUCAGAAGCCAAUUCCUGUACAAGUAGAUGGUGAGCCCUGGAUUCAGCCACCAGGUCAGAUAAUUAUUUCUGCAGCAGGACCAAAGGUUCAUAUGUUAAAGAAAUCAAAGCAGAAACAGAAAAAAACUGGAAACAUAAAGGAUUCAAGGACUGAGAGCACAUUGGCUGAAGAAGUACAGCGCUGAUGGAAGAUAUUCAUAGUCCAAAUGCUGCACAUCUACUGUAGAUGACACCUGUCUGACAAAAUACUGUUGCAUAGUUCAGGUUGUUUAUGAGUCCGUCCUCUUAUUCCAUGUACAUUUUUCAGUAACCAUGUAGCUGACAUAAAAUAUGAUUAUACACCACAAGUUGAUCAGAGAAGUUUGCAUUAGGGAACCCUUUAGAAAUGUAGAUUUUUUCCCUUUUCAAACUCUACUGGAGGAUUUAAGCUAGUCCAGCAGACUCCAGAGGAAAAUAAGUAACUUGGGUGAAAAUCAAAAAGAACCAAUAAUGUAAUGUUACUGAUCAUUUGUGCACUAAUUCUUGAAGUAGGAUAGACUUGUGAUGAUUUAAUCCAGGAGCGCAAUCCAGACUCUGCUUCACUGGGCCAGCUUCAUUGCAGCAUUUUUCUGGUCCGCCCCGAAAGGGAUCCCAUUGCCUGCUCCUCUUCAGCUCUGCAAUGCACAGGUUACUCAUACUUUUUUGAUCAGUAAUUGUUGAACACACAGCAGGGCUCUCAAUGAAGAACUGGCAAAGAAAACAUUCAGCAGAAUGCAGGGGGAGGGAAGACCCUUCCCAAAAUGGCUAGCUGUGCUUCUGUUUUGAGGUUUCAUCUGUGCACCACAAACACUUUCACUACACUACCACAAAAAACUUUUUGAAAGAAAAGACAUCUCCUAUUAUUUUGUCUUUUUCAUAGUUUACAGGGGUUUUUUUUAUAAAACCUACAAGCUUCUGGUUUUCUAAUAUACUGCAUGUGUUUUUCUUUUCUCUAAUUCUGGUCUGUAAGUCAGUGUUUCUAAUUUCAUUCCCUAAAAUUCUCUGUUAGCAUUCAGACUGUUGCUGAAAUAUCAAACUCAGAAUGGGUAUGAGGCACAAUAUAGUAAAUUAAUCUAUUUCAACCUUCAUUUGAUAAAUAUUAAAUGAUAAUACAGAAAAUGAAAUAUACAUUGGUUUAUUCUCAGUUUAAAAUACUUUAAUGUUUUUUUAAGCAGAUAUAUAGAUUUUGUUCUCUGAGUCUGAUGAUUAUACUGAUGGUGCCAAAUGUCUAAAUGGUGCCAGAGUUCCUUGUGAUUAAGAGAUUGAUUAUCUCUCAGUGCAUAGACAUUUUUUGCUUCUUUUCACAAUUAUCGCUUCUUAGUGUUUUUCUCCUCUAUAAGGAUCAUUCAUAGUUUUUUUCCAUCAACUGACCAUAUUCUCCCCCACCCCCAUGAGUAGAGACUGUGUUCAGAGGCUAACAGAAGAUAAUUUGGGGCUUUGGUUCCACUACCCUUUUUUUGCCUUGAUAUUUCUGGAAUGAGGUUCAUUUUUUAUGAACUGCAACUUGCCAUUUCUUCAAAAUCUAGAUAAGCUGUGGUUGACCACAUGAGGGUUUGAAUGCAGUUCUAAAUUACAGUUACUUCUAAAUUUCAAUUAAUCAAAAAACUCUGGUGUAAACCUCUGACCUCUUUAUGACCAUACCAAAGCAAAAAGCGUUUUACGUAAGCCCAAGACUCAGAUGAUUAAGUGAUGGCAAAUGUGUGGCUCUCUAAAUAUUGCUGAACUAGGACUUCUAAUGUCCGUCAUCAUGGGCAUAUUGCCUAGAGUUGUUUAGCAACAUCUAGAGGGUAGAGAGUUCCCCACCGCUUCUCUAUCAUUAUAUCCAAAUUUAAUAGCGUUGGGUUAAAUUUAAUACUGUUUUGUGUUUCGUGUGGGGUAGGAAAAGGGAAAUAAAAAGGGGGGGGGAAUCCUGUUUCUCAGUGUCUAACCUGUUGGACUUGGACCACACUAUGGUAAUUAACCCUGAAUGCCAAAACAGCAGCAGUAGCCAUGAACCUAGUCAGAAUCAUGAUGUGUGACCAGGACAUAGGCAGGGCUUGACUUUCUGUAUCUGGAAAUAACAUGAUAUGAGUCUUUACAUCGGUACCCAAGAAAUCAUGUGAUUGCAGAAACUGUGUCUGUUAUAAUAUCCUUUCCACAUGUAAUGAAUGAGAAUGGAUAAAGCCUGGUGAUAGUCUCUUUAAAAAUGGAUGACUUACAUUUUAUACAUAGCAUCAAAAGAAAAUUAGAAAUGGAUGUAGGUAUCGUUUUCCCCAUUCCAGCCCUCCCACCCCCCCACCCGUCAUUAAUUAUGGCAUGUUUGGCAAAAUCGAGGUACAUCUCACUAAUAUUGUAGUCACUUUCUAGUAGAUGUCCAGUAAACUUGCAGCUCAGAGGAUCUGCAGGAUUUGCUUUAGUUUAGAACAGACGCACUUUCAAAAGCAUUAUUGUUUUGCUGCUGCAAAUAUUCCUGCUGUGUUUUCCUAGGAGGACAGGAACAUCCGAAGUGGAUUCACAUAGUGUGUUCUUGUAGAUAAUACUGGUCCAUCCUCACUUCUAUCAACUGUGGAUCCAUUUCAACACUGUGGUGUGUCUUGCAUCCCUUGUAUAUCUGCAUUUGCAGAGAAUUGCAAAGAAAAGUGAUGUGGCGUGAAAUUCACUAGUGUUCUUUAGCUAGAAGUCUUCAGGCACCAGUCUUCCAAACAGUGAGAGCAUGUCGCAGUUUACAGUAUUUCUAUCUCCGUACCACCCCGUGUAGCAUUGGAGAAUGGUGAAUAUUUUGUAAAAGGUGUUCUUAUAAUACUAUCGAUUGCUUUCUUUUGUUUUCUAACACGUGACUUGAUACUGGACUUUUCGGUUUCUUAGAAGUUUGGCUACAAAGUGCUGUACAGAAAUGAGAAUAUUUGUUUAAAAUGUUUGUGAAGCAAUCCUUUGGAACUAAAUAUGCUUUAUUUUGGAGGUUGAGAAGUUUUUUAUGAAUUUUAUCAGAAUCAUGUGUGUGCUUUUCUUUUAUCAAAUCUUAGAACUUGCCCAUAAUCCACAGAAUGGCAAAAAGUUGUUUGGGUGUGCGGGUUACUUGAGUGGGGGGGGAGAGACUGUGACCAUGUUCUGAUGACAUGCUUACCAUGGUUUGUUCAAAACGUGCCCUGCCAUACAUGAUGAUUCUUUCCCAUGGCCAUAUCCACUUCAUCCAUGGUUGCUCUUGGCUUAUUAAGGAAAGUUUAAGAGUUCUGAUGUCAUCUGCCAGUGACUUCUCUCUGCCACUCACCAACAAACCAAACUGAAAAGAACUCUUCAGUUUACUUUUGACAUGGGUAAGUAGAAGAUGCUGGAAGAUAAUGCAAGAACCCUUAAACCCUAAAUCAGCCAAGGCUGUGAGGAGGAGACCAACAUGCAGAAUUGGACUUUGGGGACCGGAUAAGCUUUGUAUCUGGGAAUGAAAGUCAAAUUUAACUACAUAAGCACAAGGUAAUCUUACAUCUCUUCCUCCGUCAUCUUUGUCUCUCUUGUGUGUGUGUCUGGCGCCUUCAAGUUGGUUUUGAUUCCUGGCAACGGCCUGGA